UGACUUUGCCAUUCUCACAAAACGAGCCACAGGUACAACGACGAACGCGGUUGCAUUACAUUAUUAUUAUUAUUAUUAUAUUCAUUUCCCGCUUCGUGGGCAUGCAAUUAAAACCGAAAGUUGAGCCCGUUCAGCAGUCUUGAAUUGAGUCACCCUUAAUUAACCGGAGUCCACAAUAAACCAUCUGCAAGAUGGACCAAAUGCUAAGCCCCAACUACUCGAUUCCGAGCAUCGGAACGCCGCUCCACCAGAUGGAAGCGGACCAGCAGAUAGUGGCCAAUCCUGUGUACCAUCCUCCGGCUGUAUCGCAGGCGGAUUCGUUGAUGCCGGCACCCGGUUCCAGUUCCGUGCAGCACCAGCAGCAACAACAGCAGUCGGACGCCAGUGGGGGAUCCGGUCUCUUUGGCCACGAACCAUCGCUCCCGCUGGCGCACAAACAGAUGCAGAGUUACCAGCCAUCGGCCUCCUAUCAGCAACAGCAGCAGCAGCAGCUCCAGAGUCAGGCGCCCGGCGGCGGUGGGAGCACUCCGCAGUCCAUGAUGCAGCCGCAGACGCCGCAGAGCAUGAUGGCCCACAUGAUGCCCAUGAGUGAGCGGAGUGUGGGCGGUUCGGGGGCCGGAGGUGGCGGAGAUGCCCUGAGCAACAUCCACCAGACGAUGGGCCCCUCCACGCCAAUGACACCAGCCACACCAGGUUCCGCUGAUCCCGGUAUUGUGCCUCAACUUCAGAACAUCGUGUCCACGGUUAAUCUGUGCUGUAAACUGGACCUCAAGAAAAUAGCAUUGCAUGCGAGAAACGCCGAGUACAAUCCUAAGCGAUUUGCGGCUGUGAUUAUGCGAAUCCGAGAGCCCCGGACCACCGCCCUGAUCUUCAGCUCCGGCAAGAUGGUGUGCACGGGGGCAAAGAGUGAGGACUCCUCCAGACUGGCAGCGAGAAAGUAUGCGCGCAUCAUCCAAAAGCUCGGUUUUCCUGCAAAGUUCCUCGACUUUAAGAUUCAAAACAUGGUCGGCUCCUGCGAUGUCAAGUUCCCCAUACGCUUGGAAGGCCUGGUGCUGACCCAUUGCAACUUCAGCAGCUACGAACCUGAGCUAUUUCCCGGCUUAAUCUAUCGUAUGGUGCGACCUCGUAUCGUGCUCCUCAUCUUCGUGUCCGGAAAGGUGGUACUCACUGGAGCAAAGGUGCGGCAGGAGAUCUACGAUGCCUUCGACAAGAUAUUCCCCAUUCUAAAGAAGUUCAAGAAGCAGUCAUAAAUAGGAUAGCGCUUUAUUAGUUCUGUACGUGUACGUGUUAAGGUCGGUAGUUCUGGAAGUCUGAUCAUAUGAGUAGGAGCAGCCUGGCGAGCAGCUCCGAUCGAGAAUAAACCACAAAGUAAUUUAGCUGUA